GAGAGCGCUGCUCCAGAAGUCACAACCGAGAAGUCUCAGGAAGAACCUAAGGAGGCUCCUGUUGUCGAAGAAACUCCCAUUGAGGAGACACUUUCCGAGGUGGCUGCAGUAGUUGUUGCUGACGAGCCUAAGGAAGCACCGGUUGUUGAGGAGACCCCGAUCGAGAAGACCAUCAACGAGGUUGAGCCGACACCUGCAGCAGCUGUCGAGGAGCCUAUCGCUGUGCCCGUCCACGAGUCUGUUGAGGAAUCUGUCCCCGAGGUCGCCGAAAAGGAAGUUGAAGCUCCCGCCGCGGAAGACUUCAUUCCUGCAGUCGUCAAGAAAGAUGUUGCCCGCGUGACGGAAAGUGUCGAGGAGCCUGUUGCCGCUGAGCCAACCCCUGAGACUGUUGCACCUGCAUCUGCUCCCGAGCCUACUCCGGUCGAGGCGGCUGAGGAACCCCAAGUGCAGGAGGAGGAGCAAAUUUCUGAGCGUGUGUCUUUCGCCGAGAUUGAAGGCAAGGAGGUGCAAGCCCCCAUCAAUGGUGUCAUCAACACGCAGACGGCUGCCCAAGAGGAAGUCACCGACGCUGCUAGCGCCGUCAAGGACGAUACUCCUGCCGAGCCGGCUUCUUUGCAGUCGGAGGAAGUCAGCAGAGAAAUCGUGCCUGAGGAUUCCGUCGCUUCUGAACCUGUUGCUGAGGCGGCUACGGAGCAAGAGUCCCCCAAGGACAGUCUUCUGACACCCGAGAUCAUUGCCGCCGGCGCUGCCGCCGCCGUUGCUGCCGGAACUGCUGCCGCCGUUGGAGCCGCUUCGGUUUCUCACAAGGAGCCUGAGGCUGCUUCACCUGCUGAGACCAAAUCACAGGAACCCCAGCCCGAGAACAAGGACAAGGCCGUCAACGUUGUGCCUGGAACCUGGCCCACUGAGGGUAAGAGCUCUCUGGCGACGAGUAAGCAGCUCGGAACUGACCCUGAUGCAGCGCACGCCGGUGACGACGCCGCCAAAUCGACCCGCGAGCCCACCGCCGAAUCGUCAUCGAACGCUGCCGACAAGGCCGUGGCCACCAAGGGCGAUGAGAACCCUCGCUCACAGAGUCAAAAUCGGUCAGUCACCGCUGUUUCUCUGAAUCAUAAGAAGCAUGACAGCUGGUUGAAGACUAUCUUACGCGCUGUGUUUACCAAUUUCUUUGGAGCAAUCUUUUCUCCCUUCCGCCGUCGCGGAGGGAACAACCAAUAGAUGUGUCUCCUGGGGAUGCUGAUUUCAAUGAAGCCCUUUCCUUGGGAAGAGUGGAGAUUUGUCCAGAGUUUUGCUGCUUACGUUUGUUUAUUGCCAACGCUAAUGUGAAUCAGGAGUCUGUUCUUGAUGACCGUUUUUGC